UGUUCGUGUUGGAGAGCAUCUUUAUUCCCGCUAAGUUUACAGUUAACGACUGAAGUAGCCGUUCAGUUUGGAGUAAUAAAUGCUGUAACUACCCGCAUUAGCGGUCAGUUUGGGAGUGUUCGCUGCUCGCUGUGUGUAUUCAGGGUUUCAGUUGGAAUAAUAAAAGCUGCUUUGUGAUCCUCAGCCAUCAGCUGCAGUGUGAAGACUCUCCCAGCUGAACAUGAUGUGUUUUCAUGACGUGCAUGUGUAACUCCUGAGCAUGGAGAUGGUGUUUGUCAGCAGUCAAUACUUCAGGAAGAAAAAACCUAAAGCAUUAAUGGAGAAGUCGAUGAGCCGGUGAUGGACACGAACAGACUGCAAGCAUUUUUAACGGUAGAAGAUGGCAAAGACUGAAAUGAGGUGAAAUAAGUUACAGACACUCUGAUGGACAGCCACUCGUGAAUAAGUAAAUAGGAGUGCCUCAGAGACAGGAGAACUCGGGUCUCAUCUCAUGGACCUGUGCAGCAGGAACUCAAACCGCACGGUGCCUCUGAACGAUGGCGUGCCCAGACAAGCCGACGUGCCCCUGUGCUCCAGAACGAAUGGGUGGAGCUGGCCUCCUCACCCCUUCCAGCUGCUGGCAUGGCUUCUCUAUCUUUAUUUUGCAGUCAUAGGCUUUGGAGUUUUCAUUCCGCUGCUACCGUCACACUGGAUCCCAGCCGGCUAUAUUUGUACAGGCAUCACAUUUGUUUGCCACCUGCUUGUGCACCUGACUGCUGUCUCCAUCGACCCUGCGGACAACAACGUCCGAGCAAAGAGUUACAGGGGACCCCUGCCUGUGUUCGACCGCACGAAACACGCACACGUCAUCGAGAACUGCCACUGUUACCUAUGUGAGGUGGAUGUAGGGCCGAAAUCCAAACACUGCAGCGCCUGUAAUAAGUGUGUGGCCAGUUUCGAUCACCACUGCAGAUGGCUCAACAACUGCGUGGGCAGCAGAAACUAUUGGGUUUUUCUCAACAGUGUCAUAUCCGCUCUCCUGGGCAUAUUUUUAAUUGUUAUCAUCGCCACUUACGUUUUCAUCGAGUUCUUUUUGGAUCCAUCGAAGCUUCGAUCUGACAAACACUUCCAGCAAGUGAAGAAUGAGUCUGUGGUAUGGUUUGUGUUCUUGCCGGUGGCUCCAGUAUCUACAGCAGGUCCAGCCAUCCCCGCUCUGGCAGGAGUAACAAUCACCAUGGGGCUUCUUUCCUCAUUGCUACUCGGCCAUUUGCUCUGUUUUCACAUCUACCUCAUGUGGAACAGGCUGAGUACCUAUGAGUACAUCGUUCGUCAGAGGCAUCGACCGGACACAAGAGACAUUAACAAUGGCCCCUCAGGGAAUGAGCCUGGAGUUCCCAAGAUAAACGUCAUUAAGGAUGUGAGCUACUCAGGAACUCUAGGCUACACCAAUCCUGACAUGGAGAUGGAGGAACCCGUCACGAGGAGCUCACGUGGAAACCCAGAGUUGUACGUUAACGGCAGGAUCAGACGCUCGCGAGAAAGAAUGGCUGAUGAGGAUCUCCUCCCCACUGUGUCCACGGAGCAGAAACCAGCGCCUCGUCCGUCCAAAAACACUCAGAAGAAAAAGAAGAAAGUGCAUAAAAUACCAGCAGAAGUGAACAAUGACCGAGUCACAGAGAUGAGCAGAGGCAGACCCAUGGCACAUCAUUCAGCUGAGCAAGAGUCCUCCGUAGCCGCUGCCACUUUGUCCUCAUCCCUAAGCCAGCGACUCCCUUUCCCAGCAUUCCCUGUGCGGGUGACUCUUCCCCCUCUGGCUCCUGUGCAGGCUGCCGGCCCCCCGGCUGAGUACCACUCUGAUUCCGCAGAGUCUUUGGAGGAGAUCCCUGUAGCUCUGGCACGCCUGGGCACCGCCACGCCGGCACGGGCGCCCAUCACUACAGUCAGCCAGUCCUCCGCUACACAGCGUGUUUUGCUCCAGCCAUUACCGUCUCCGCAGCCCAGGACCAAAAGGAAGGCUGCAUCUCGCAAAGCUGCGGAAGAGAGAUUCGAAAUGGCAUCCCAUAAUCCUUUUGUUUCCGUCAUUAAAAGAAGCGAAGAGACUACUUUAACUCUCAAUGGAGCUAGGGCACAGGACGGACUCGGUUAUGUGGGAAAACGCAAGCACACAAGCAAGAAAAGAGGCACAGAGGAGGCAAGACUCCACACACCACUCGCGUAGGAAUACAAAAAGGCUCGCUAAACUUCCCAGAGAUAAGCUGCAUCAUAAAAUUAAUAAUCCAGUGGCACUACAAUCUCAGUAGCAAAAAAAAAAGAGAAAAGAAAAAGACUCUAUGCAACCAACACUGAGUAUAGGCUUUUGAACGUACAGAUUUUUUUCAGAUAUAUAUGCUGUUUCAUUCAUUUCAAUGCUUUUUGCUAAUCACUUCUUUCAUCGCAUUGCACAAUUGUAUUUGUACUUUUUUUUAUUUAUCAUUACAAAACUAUUAAUUCAUAUUGAAUGCCAAAGCUGAUGUAUUGUGUACAGUCUAUAGCAGAUUGAAAUAUCUGUUGACUGUUGCUAUAAAAAUGUUUUUAUUAUUAUUAUUUUCAUAAUUCCUGUAUGUUUAGUCAGUCAUUUAAUGUUGGUUGUUUUUACAGUGGCACAUUUUCUCACUUAUGACUAACUUAUACUUAAUGUUCAAUGUUUAAUGUUUCUUAUACUGAACUGUCACCCAUUCCUUAAAGCAGGACCCAAGUCCUAAAUAAAAGGCCAGGCCCUACGGUUCUCCUUACGGCCACACUCAUGACACUAAGUUGAGAUACUUUUGAGUAGGCCUAUGGCGUGUGAGCAAACCAGGCGCGAUGUAACGCCAAGUAUUUGUAGAGAUCCUUAAAACCGCAUUACCUUCCUGUUCUGACUAAGCGUUUAGCGAUACCAGACGAGGGUCUUCACAGUUAUUACUCACUCAGGCACUUGUGCUCAAACAUUUCCUGUUAAUUAAGAUCAGACUUAUCGUUUUAAAUCAUGUGGGCUUCACUAAAGAAUCAUUUUCUUUCGGGAUUUGUUUUACGAAGCUGUUAUUCGAGCUCUGUUUGACAAGUCUAUUAACUAAUACAAUUUACGACGGCCUCUGCUUUUUUUUGGACAAUCCCACAUGCACACGCGAAACGCUUAAUCAAUCCCACCAUUUCGCACUUUUAUUAUUCCUGUUUGCACCUGGCCAUAAUAUUUUUUAAUAAAAUGAGCUAGCUGUGUUGGUUAAGCUGUAAACAUAUUAGUGAUUAAACCGCUGUGACACUUAGUGAGGUUUUUACUGAUGAAUGAAUAUAUAAAUCAGCACAGUGAAUACCUUGCACAGUGGACGAUGCUACCAUGCUGAGUAUUUUGGUCUUUCUUUAUAUAUUUUUUUUUGUGUGUGAGGAUCUUUAACCGGCAAGUGUGGCAUUUGAGACCGGAACCUAACUAUGGCUACGUUCACGUUAAAGUCUCUUUGUUCAAUGAUCGGAUCACAUUUGCAUGUUAUGACAGUUCACAUUCAUAAUUACAAAUUAAUUUAUCCGACCUUAAAAACAUCAGAUUUGUGGGUUCAGACAGCUAAAAAAAAAUUAGAUUUGUUUCAAAUUAGGGUAAAAAAUGUAAUUUGAGUCACUUCAGGCUCAUAGUGUAAAUGUACCUUUAUUUCUUCCUAUGCCUUUUCUUGUAUGGUAAAUUGAUGCAGUAUUUUCUUUUUGUAAGCUUCACAGUCACUAUAUAUUUUCUAUGGAUUAAUAAUAAGGGGGAAAUAAAAUAAAUUGUUUGUUGUUUUGUGUCAUAUUAUGUAUGUCUUGACAAUACUAAUAGAUAGAUCAGGCCAGUUUUAAGAUAAUUUCUAAUAAUCACAAAAGGCAUCUUGUUUUUGGACUGACCUUAAAAAGAUAUUUUCCUGCAUUAUCCAGUAAUGUGGAGAGAGUAAAAGCGCACCCCAGUCUACUCUCAGUUCAGAUGAAGCUGCCCUGAUUUACAUGCAAAUGCACUUGCAAGAAGUAAACAGACACACAAAUUGUUAUGAUGAAAUCUAUGUAACAAAUUUAACAUUUUUGAAUAAGUAAGGUUUCCUCGCCCAAGUUGUUUUUACUUACUUACUCACUCAUCUUUUAUACCGCUUUAUCCUGUAUUCAGGGUCAUGGGGACCUGGAGCCUAUCCCAGGAGACUUAGGGCACGAGGCAGGGUACACCCUGGACAGGGUGACAAUCCAUUGCUGGGCACACACUCAUUCACACUACAGGCAAUUUUGGAACACCAGUUAGCCUAACCUGCAUAUUCUUGCACUGUGGGAGGAAACCGGAGUACCCGGAGGAAACUCACCAAGCACGGGGAGAACAUGCAAACCCCAUGCACACAGAGACGGGAAUCGAGCCUGGUUGGGAAUCGAACCUAGACCCUGGAGGUGCAAGGCGACAGUGCUAACCACUACACCACUAUGCCUAUAGGUUGUUUUUAAAAGAUCUUAAAAACACAAUUUCUGCACUAUAAUUCUGUUAACAGUAAAAAGGGGAUUUCCAGAGAUAGUCCAGCUGUUUAAGUAAAAAAUUAGUAGUUGUAGUUAUGUCGUCAAAUUUUGGCACAUUGGGGUCAGUAACCAUUCUAUAAACAGACAUCAGUUUGAGUAAACCAAUCAAUAAUCGAUUUUAGUCAAUAAGGGUUUUAACCAAUCAUUACACUCAUGUUUCCUGGAGAAAAAAAAUCAAUCCCACCACCGUUCAUUAUUACUUUACCUAGAGUAUAUUAGACAUACUGUAUGUACAUCAAUUAGGAUGACUUGCAUAAGACUAACUAAAUUUAUUAACGUUACAAACAUGACACAGCCAUCAAAGCUAAGUUUGUUUGUAUGUCAACUAGUAUUUAUCAUUGUACACAUACUCAUUACAGAUUUUACAUACCACUCUCUUCAUGUUAAGAUUUUCCUUUAUUGGUGGUUUACUAAAACCAAAGUACACCCACAUUAUGGAGCUGCUUUUUUCUCCAGGAAAAUUAUAUAAAAGGACACUUUGACAUACAGUACAUCAUCCGCUAUUUUAUACAACUGUAUUGUGAGCAUUAUCGGCAUUAUGUGCAUGCAUGCUUCCAUUACACAGCAGCUGUGAAAUCUCUUGUAUCUGGGUUUUUUAACAUUUUUAAUAAUCUGUUACUUGUGAAACCUGCUCUCUUGUACAGCACUGUAACACAUUAAACACCUUUUUAUCCAA